CAAAAUACAGCAAUAUGACUGAUGUUCAGAGAAAACUGAUGGUUUUGUAGUUUAUAUUUUACAUAUAUACGGUACAGAAUUGUCAACAAUGUCAGCUGCUAAUCAGAUUUUGUAUGAAAAGGAGAGUGUGUUUAUACAUAUAAAUGUUUCUAAUGCCAAAGAUAAAGAUACUCAUAUACCUGGAAGAGUAUUUCUUAUAGCAAAGUCUGAAGGAGUAUAUUUAGAGUGGAAAGCAGAAGAUGUGGUAUCUUUAGAUGGGGCACAGAGUGAUCAAGAUUGGUCCAUGGUUAGUUCUGUUGGGUUUAAUAGAUCAGAUAGAGAUGCUGAUACAGUGUCUAUGAAUGCUAAAAUGGAUUCCAGAAGAAAGUAUAAUAUAAGUUUUGAUCUUCUGGACUUGAAAAGUUUUAAAAGAUGUGCACCAAAUCAUGGAUAUGCCAACAUAAUUUUUAUUUUAAAAGAUGGAACUACAUUUCCAGCUUUACAUUUUCAUACUGGUGGUAGUAAAGCCUUGUUGAAAGAAUUUGAAAAAUACAUCCAUAUCAGAAGAUCUCCAAAUGACCAACGUCUCUUUAUAGUGAUAGAGCAUGAUCCAGAAAUGUUAUCAAAAUCGUUUGAUGAAUUACAGUUAUUUUCUGAUUCUUCUAAUGAUUUAGUAUCUAAAUUUAUCAAAGAUCCAUACACAGCUACACUGGGAGGUUUUUCUAAAGUGACCAACUUUUUAAGGAAUGUAUUAAUAUUAGAUGAUAACCCUACAGUUAGACCUGAUGAUGAACUAGCUGAUUUACUACAUGAAGAUAUACCUGGUAUGGAAAUUAGUCACCAAGAACCAGGCUUUGAACUUGUAACUAAGACCAAAUUACCUACACGUCCUAAAGUGCCCAGAGGUGAUCAUCUUACACCUGGUCAAUGGGGUAUACAGAUGGAUACAGAAGGCAAAAUCAAAGAUAAAGAUGCUUUAUUAGAAAGAAUAUUUCGUGGGGGAAUUGAUCCUUCUAUAAGAAUUGAAGUGUGGAAGUUUUUACUAUGUUACUAUACCUGGGAUUCUAAUCAUAAAACAAGACAAGAACAGAGGAAACGUAGAGUUGAUGAUUACUUCCGAAUGAAAUUACAAUGGAAAACUAUCAGUGCAGAACAAGAAAGAAGAUUUGCCACAUUAAGAGAAAGAAAAGCAUUAAUAGAUAAAGAUGUAACGAGAACAGAUAGAACACAUACAUUCUAUAUGGGUGAGAAGAAUCAGAAUCUCUUGGUAUUAAACGAUAUUUUAAUGACAUACUGUAUGUAUAACUUUGAUUUAGGUUAUGUACAAGGGAUGAGUGAUUUAUUAUCACCUAUAUUAGUUAUUAUGGAAAAUGAAGUGGAUGCUUUUUGGUGUUUUGCUGGUUUAAUGGAAAGAUUGUGUGGAAAUUUUGAAAUGGAUCAAAAUGGAAUGAAAGUUCAACUAUCACAAAUACAUAAAUUAAUGCAAGUGUAUGAUCCUGAACUGUGCCAUUAUCUAGAGAGCCAUGAUUCUGGUAACUUUUAUUUCUGUUUCCGUUGGAUUUUAAUUAUGUUUAAACGAGAGUUUCACUUUCAAGAAACACAAAGACUAUGGGAGGUUAUGUGGACAGAUAAACCUUGUAAGAAUUUCCAUCUAAUCAUCACUCUGGCUAUACUAGAUAAUGAAAAAUCAACUUUAAUAGAGAAUCAGUUUGGUUUCACAGAAAUAUUAAAGCAUAUCAAUGAUAUAAGUCUAGCAAUACCAUUAGAAGACACGCUUAAAAAAGCUGAGGGAAUAUUCUUACAAUUAAAAAACUAUAAAAAAUUACCAAAACCUGUCAAAGAAAUAUUAGGAUUAGAAGUUUCUCCAGAUAGUUCCAACCACACGACGCCAUCUACGACUCCAGUUAACCGUGAAAAUAGUCCACGACUUGAAUUACCUCUGACUAGAAAUGGUGGUACUAAUUCUGGUAGCGGUACUGCAGCCACUACUCCUGAUGAUAGCAGUAUAGAAAUAUUAUCAGAUACUGUUGAUUCUAUGAUUAAUCAUAAUUAUCAUUAG